AUGGAGAGCAACGGCUCCGUCCCGCGCUGGUCGUUUGGCGAAGACCAGCGCGCCGUGUACGCGAUCGCCGUGCCCGUGCUUCUUGUCGGCUGCUCGCUGGCGUUCGUCUUCAACGCGGGCGUGCUGCUCUCGCUGCGCUGGCUGCGGCGGCCGGUGUCACCCACGCUUUGCUUCAGCCUCUCCCUGACAUUCGCCGACGCCUACUCGGCCCUGCUGCUGGCCACCGGCUUGGUCCUCAACAGCUACCUGCCCGUGUACGGAGUCUCGCUGGGUUCCCAGGCGCACUGCAUAGUGCUCGUCCUCGAGGUAUUUCGCCUGUCGGGCCUGCUGGCGUCCGCGUUCCACCUGCUUGCGCUCGCCGUGAACCAUUACGUAGGCAUCCUGCGGCCCCUCCACUAUGCCGCCAUGGUCACACGGCAAUCUUCGGAGCUGGCCAUCGCCGCGCUGUGGGCACUUCCCGUGCUCGUGUUCCUCGUCUACUUCGCCUCGGUUCCCGGCCAGGGAUUUCAGUCGCCCGGCUGCGUCCAGGUGGACUUCGUGCGUGGCCGCGCCUUCAGCCUCACGCUGCUUGCGCUCUUCUCGUCACCGUUGGUCGUCAUGACGUUCAUUUACUCUCACAUCUUUGUCAUCAUACGGCGCCACCGGGCGGGCCUGGUCAACUUCCCAUCGGCUCGGCAGCUAAACCGCAAUGUCAAAGCUGCCUAUACGACGCUCUGGAUCCUGGGCACGUACCUUGUCGGCUGGAUGCCUGCCGUUGCAUUCAUCGUCCUAACCUGCACUGACUGCGCUUUGCCAAUCUACGACCUGCCUAUGAGAACGCGCAUGACUCUCGGCAUUCUCACCAAUGCGCUCAUCAUCUCCAAGGGCCUCAUAGACCCGUUCAUUUACGCGGCACGCAUGUUCGAGGUCAAAGAGGCCCUGCAGAAUAUGCUUCGCUGCCGACCUCGCAGCACCAAGAGCAUGCGCCGGCGCUCUCUCCUCGUCACGAAGACAGACACUCUAACGUCCAGCCUGCGCAUGAUUCAGCUACGCAGGGAGUCGUUCGUUGUGGUUAAACCUAGGCCGGACAUAUGUCGUUGCUCGAGAGCCUGACGGUGUCAGCACUGGCCCCGAGACGACUUCGUCAGUGGAGCUCACUUUUACCGUCCUAAUUUGGUGCGUGGCAAGUGAUGAUUUCGUGGCUACAAGCGACUACAAAGCGCUGUACGAAGCCUUGAGCCUCUGCUUGGUGUAAGCUGUGUGUCAAGCGUAACAACGCAGCUGCGAACCGAGAAUAACAAAACACGCGAGCAAGCUUUCUACCAACGGUUCAGUAAUUGACUGCGGAAGAACUCAGGUCCAGAUUGUGCAAACAAUUGGCCUUCUACACAUUCCCAAAAUGACGUAUUCUGUGUAAGAGACAAGCAACUAUGGGAUAGACGUACUGAUAAAAAAAAAUCUGUAGCUGUGCUGUACAUAGACAUUAGUGAAGCGGCAUUCCAUGCAACACAUGAUAGAUAUACCAUAUUGCUUCUUGUUAGUGUGCUUCUUUUCAUAGCUGAGUUUGCUUGCUUUCUUUGUUUCCGCCUUUUGGUUGCCUACAGUAAGUGUCGAGUGUCAUUGUAUAGAGAAUUUAAUGUUAGAAAUUACAUCGCAGCAUCUGUAACUGUGGCUGUACAUAUCCAUAUGUAAAGCGGCACUCCGUGCAAUCAGCAGUACACAUACUAUUGCUGGUUGUUUCUGUGCUUCUUAUGAUAGUUUUGUUUGCUUGAUUACUUUCGGCCUUUUGGAUGCUUGCAGUAGGUGUCGAGAUUUAUUGUACAGGAAAUGUUGAUGUUAAGAAUUACGUCGCAGCAUGUAAACACAGGCAUUUGGAUCUGAAAGUUGUAGCGAAAGAUUUUGUUUACUGAGCCAAAUAUCACGAUUAUGGAACCGAUUAUGCUGCCAUGGAGAAAUCAAGCGCGAGCGGUAAAGUUAUAAUGCGCUCAUAAAGACCGAGAUGCUUUGGUUGAUGGAUUUUAAUGAAGGGAAAACGACGUUUCUUGGUUUUUAUAUCCAGAGACGCUAUUAAAAUCGAGCUAAAUAUGUCAUCGGACCUUUCGCACGGUGACCGUCCUUUAUAAAGAAUGAUCUCAAAGACACACAGCGUCCAGUUAUAUACUUCUUGGGCAGCGCGUAUAGAUAUGCUUUGAGUCACGAGAGCUAAUAUGACGCAAUUGUCUCAGCAACUCAUACGAUGAUAUCUGCAGCCCCUGCUUAAAAGUGAUAAGUGGCCCGUUUGUCACUGAAGGCUCAUUAUAAAGGCCAGCCGCUAGCCGAGACGUAGGAAAUAUUUUUGCAUUUUUCUUUUCAUUGUUGCAUUGGCCAGGUUCAUACAGAGACACGGAGGGUGGUUACUAGCAUGGCUAUUCCCAAUUCCGCUUUGUCUUCUUACCGACCCACUCACGUUUCAUUUUUCGACAACAGUAAGUACUCCCAUUGUCAUUUUUGCAGCAAGGGAAAGGUCGCUAUCACUCGUCCUGCAUAUAUUAGCGUGAAGGACACCAUCGGUAAUAAGGAGAUAACAUUAAAUCAGUAUUCACAUGCAGAGACAAUGACACGCUGACGUGAACUACAGUUAACCAUAGGCGUCUUUGCUGUUCAUGAUCACUUUCCUGAGAUGAUAAAGUUAACAUAACAGAGCCUUACCUGUGUAAAGAAUCAGCCAGAAAACCCUGACUUUCCAUGAAAACGCUAUUUUUUCAUGUGCGUGUACUCUUGUAACACGGGCCAAAUUGACAAAGUUUUUUUAGGCAAGACGUAUUACUUAUUGUCUGGCCAAUUUCACAAAUCGUAUGUCAAGAUUGGCGAACGCCUGUUCUUACAAACCGGUCUUGUUUACUAACUACUUCUUGAACACGAGCCUACCCGCUUACAUUUCGGAGGUUUACUGUGGAAGCUUUUGUUUCUUAGAGUGUAAUGGAUUAAUUAAACAACUGAUUUCCGCCUGCGAGAAUGAUGCUUCACUUUACAUCAGACACUGCGCAAUGUGGCCUUGAUUUGAGCAACAUCACCUGGUGAAGCAACUACGUAUAACUAUUCUGUGUGAUGAAUGCUGUACUGAAGGCUGAGUUUGCCGAACGUCGGCGCCGACGCCACUUUAAGGGUGCUAGUUUAUUUUGUUCUAUGCUAUCUUUUUCGCGAACUACGUUUUCGAGAAUUCAAACCAAGGCCAAACCGGGGAGUAGGCCUAACUCUUUAUUUCUUGUAUCGCCACACCUGGGUCCGCAUUCGCAAAGCUUCUUUUACAUUAGUGCUUUCCGCGACUGGCCAUCGCCUGGGCGAUCACCUCGUUAUCAAGUCAACAGCGACCAUCAGUUCCUGGUCUAUACCAAGAAAAAUUACUUUACGUAAAGAAGGUGUUUUGAACACGUGUCUCUAUUUCCAAGACUUUUCGUGAGUAUAUGAACGGCUUUUGGUUACCCAUGACUUCCCAAUCGUCCGUUCGCUGGCACUAUUAGCAGGAAUUUGCUUAGCGUUCUUCUGAACAAAGAGCUUUGCAAACCGGGAGUCAAAUUCACAAAGCUUUUCGUUGGCAUAACUGUUCAUCCACCUUCGAUCGCUAAUAUGUUGGCUAGUAGUACUUGUCGGUACCUGUUCUUAAAAGCCACUCAACAAAGAACUCUACUUUAUUAAGGUGGGUUCGCGGGACUGGUACACAAGGCAUUUCGUUCGUUCGUAAGAACUGUUUGUGCCUAAUUUGUAGCGUGCGUCAAUAAUUGGCUAAUAAUAAUACAAGCGGGCACCUGUUUAGUGUAGCUCUAGUGUAAGCAAUGUUUUAUGAAUGUGGGCCCUGGUAGCUGUAUUCACAAAACUUUUCGUCAUCGGCCAGCCAGAUAGGGGCUGCUCCUAGAAUAUGCUUGUUUUCAGAAUUGGCUACAAGCCCACAUCUUACGAACUUCGCUAGCGUAGAAGAGGCUCAGAAAACUCUUGUUUCUUAGAAAUGCUUGCCAUUAGGUCGACUAUUCUGGCUAAUAAUCGAAGCCAAUAAGAUUAUUUAUUCUACAGUACAGUAUAGAAAUUAUUACCGGGACAAAAAGCUGGUUUGAGCAGACUGACUAGGCCCCCGGCAACCGAUUGACGGUCUCCUGUUCUUACGAACGCCUCUGUGAAUAUGGGCCAAGCUGCGAUGUGAAUAAGGGCACUGGGCCUUCGCUUGGACCUCUCUGUUUUUCCCGCGCCUCUUCCACAAACCGUGGGACUGAAUCCACAAAGCGUAGUACGUUAGCUUAGAAGCAGGCAACUGGCCAAUAAAGCUUUGUAUCACAA